CCUCAUCUUCUUCCUCACUCACUCACUCCCUUCGCACCUUGUCCUACCCUAACCCUAACUCUCACAGACACAGAGAAGAGAGAGAGAGAGAAAGAAUGAAGCUUCGUCUUCUCCUUCUUCUCCUUCUCCUCCACAUUUUUCAUUCCUUCACCGAUGGCCGACCGAUCUCCGAGUUCCGAGCACUUCUGUCUCUUAAAUCCUCCCUCUCCGGCGCCGGAGAUGACUCGGCGCUGGCCACGUGGACCGACUCGACCUCCUUUUGUGGAUGGGCCGGUGUCACGUGCGAUGCCUCCCGCCGGCACGUGAUCUCCCUUGACCUCUCCGGUCUUAACCUCUCCGGGACUUUAUCCUCCGACAUCGCUCAUUUACGUCUGUUGCAGAACUUUUCCGUUUCUGCCAACCAGAUCUCCGGUCCUAUCCCUCCGGAGAUCUCCUCUCUGUUUGGGCUUCGCUACCUUAAUCUCUCCAACAAUGUCUUUAAUGGUUCAUUUCCCGAUGAACUCUCCGCCGGGUUAGUGAAUCUCCGGGUUCUCGACCUGUACAACAACAAUCUGACAGGAGAUUUACCAGUUUCCGUCACCAACCUGACCCAGCUCCGGCAUCUCCAUCUGGGCGGGAACUACUUCGCCGGUCGGAUCCCAGCGGCGUAUGGUAGCUGGCCGGUUAUUGAGUACCUGGCGGUUUCGGGGAACGAGCUCGUCGGGAAAAUCCCUCCAGAGAUCGGAAACCUCUCGACCCUCCGGGAACUCUACAUCGGUUACUACAACGCUUUCGAAGAUGGCCUUCCCCCGGAGAUCGGAAACUUGUCCGAGCUCGUUCGGUUCGACGCCGCAAACUGCGGUUUGACCGGCCAGAUUCCUCCCGAGAUCGGGAAGCUGCAGAAGCUGGACACGUUGUUCCUCCAAGUGAAUGGGCUUUCUGGGCCAUUAACUCCGGAGCUGGGAACCCUUCCUAUCUUGGAAUCCAUGGAUUUGUCCAACAAUAUGUUCGUCGGCGAGAUUCCGGCGAGUUUUGCGCAGCUGAAGAACCUCACGCUCUUGAAUCUCUUCAGGAACAAGCUGCACGGCGCCAUACCGGAGUUCAUUGGAGAUCUGCCGGAGCUGGAGGUGUUGCAGCUUUGGGAGAACAACUUCACCGGAAGCAUUCCCCGGAAAUUGGGGGAAAACGGUAAACUACAGCUUCUCGACCUGUCCUCCAACAAGCUCACUGGAACUCUUCCGCCAAACAUGUGUUCCGGUAACAAUUUACAGACCCUAAUCACUCUCAGCAACUUCUUGUUUGGCCCCAUCCCGGAUUCGCUCGGAGAAUGCGAGUCCCUGACCCGGAUCCGCAUGGGCGAGAAUUUCCUCAACGGGUCGAUCCCAAAGGGACUUUUCGGGCUGCCCAAACUCACCCAAGUCGAGCUCCAAGACAACUAUCUUACCGGUGAGUUCCCCGUGACCGGCAGAGUCGCUUUCAAUCUGGGUCAGAUCAGUUUAUCCAACAACCAGCUCUCCGGUCCGUUGCCGCCGACCAUCGGAAACUUCUCCGGCGUCCAGAAACUUCUCCUGGACGGGAACAAGUUCACGGGUCUGAUUCCGCAGCAGAUCGGAAAGCUUCAGCAGCUGUCGAAGAUGGAUUUCAGCCACAACCGGUUCUCGGGUCGGAUUGCACCGGAGAUCAGUCAGUGCAAGCUCCUAACUUUUGUCGAUCUGAGUCGAAAUGAACUUGCCGGUGAAAUCCCGAACGAGAUCACGGGCAUGAGGAUCCUGAAUUACUUGAACUUGUCCAGAAACCAUCUCGUGGGCCCAAUUCCUGCGUCAAUAUCGUCGAUGCAGAGCUUGACAUCCGUCGAUUUCUCUUACAACAAUCUUUCCGGUUUAGUUCCGGGAACCGGUCAGUUCAGUUACUUCAACUACACAUCGUUCUUGGGCAAUUCCGAUCUGUGUGGUCCGUAUCUGGGUCCUUGUAAAGACGGAGUCGCCAAAGGAACUCACCAGUCUCAUGUUAAGGGGCCCUUAUCAGCCUCUAUGAAACUGUUGCUCGUCCUUGGCUUUCUCAUAUGUUCGAUAGCGUUCGCCAUAGCAGCCAUAAUCAAGGCUAGAUCCUUGAAAAAGGCGAGUGAAUCACGAGCAUGGAGACUGACAGCUUUCCAGAGGCUAGAUUUCACUUGUGAUGAUGUUUUGGACUGUCUUAAGGAAGACAAUAUCAUCGGCAAAGGUGGUGCCGGCAUUGUCUACAAAGGCCUGAUGCCUAGCGGCGACCAAGUCGCUGUCAAGAGGUUGCCGGUAAUGACCCGUGGAUCUUCCCAUGAUCAUGGGUUCAAUGCGGAGAUUCAGACACUGGGAAGGAUCAGACACAGACACAUUGUGAGGUUACUCGGGUUUUGCUCGAACCAUGAGACGAAUCUCCUCGUGUACGAGUACAUGCCUAAUGGUAGCCUGGGUGAGGUUCUUCACGGGAAGAAAGGAGGGCAUUUGCAUUGGGACACACGUUACAAGAUCGCUCUUGAAGCGGCCAAGGGAUUAUGCUAUCUCCACCAUGAUUGUUCUCCCCUGAUCGUUCACAGAGACGUCAAAUCCAACAACAUCCUUCUCGAUUCCAACUUCGAAGCCCAUGUCGCUGACUUUGGUCUGGCCAAGUUCCUGCAAGAUUCCGGCACUUCUGAAUGCAUGUCCGCCAUCGCCGGUUCUUACGGCUACAUUGCUCCAGAAUACGCGUAUACCCUGAAGGUGGAUGAGAAGAGCGAUGUGUACAGUUUCGGCGUGGUGAUUCUGGAACUCAUCACGGGGAGGAAACCGGUGGGUGAGUUCGGGGACGGAGUGGAUAUCGUGCAAUGGGUCAGAAAAAUGACAGAUUCGAACAAAGAAUCAGUCGUCAAGGUGCUGGAUCCGAGGUUGUCCUCCGUUCCCAUCAACGAAGUAAUGCACGUAUUCUACGUGGCCAUGCUCUGCGUCGAAGAACUGGCCGUGGAGCGGCCGACGAUGCGAGAAGUCGUCCAGAUCCUCACUGAAAUCCCCAAGAUGCGGCCGCCGAAGCCGGAGCCCAACGCGGCGGAGGACUCGCCAGCGUAUCAGUCGUCGCCGAUGGCAGGGAGCGGAAAAGACGGCAAUGACGUCAGCCGGGACCCACCCGAUCUCCUCAGCAUAUGAGUUGUUCCGGUAGGCAUUGGGGGCAAAUUCGUCAUUUUAAUCUACGUCGACGAUAAAUUAAAAAAAUAUAGCUCCCUUAUGGUUUGUGGGUCGUCCGGUUUAAGGCAAAGUAUGAAUUUCGGUUUAGUGUCCCUAACUCGCUCUUUUCAAGGUUUGUUUCGUUUUCCGUAGUUAUUUUUUUGUCUGCCCCUGUUUUUUUUUUUUUUUUUUUUUUUUAAGUAUUUUCGAAUAUGUACAGUAGGACGUGGUGGAGAAUUUCUAGUUUUCGGAAUUUUAAAUUUCAGGAAAAAAAAAUGGGAAUUGUGAGUGAUUUUAUGGUGUGA